UACCUUCACCUGAAGAUGGAGGCCUCUGAUACCCCUGUUGCUGCCCCCACCCCCUCCACCUCAAGCCAGCCAAUCCCCCGCUCUGCCUCAGUGUCAUGCCAUGUCUCUCGCACAUCAGGGGGCAAAAAGCAAAAGCGGACCCCCUUGUAUCAGCGAUCUAUGAGUUUUGACCCCAGUCUGCUGCAUAAUAAUGGCCAUGGUGGCUUUGCCAAUGGAACGAGCAUGGGAAUUCGUGAGACCGGAGUGGUUGAAAAGCUGCUAGCAUCAUACGGCUUCAUUCAGUGCUCUGAGAGACAGGCCCGCCUCUUCUUCCACUGCUCUCAGUACAACGGCAACCUGCAGGAGCUUAAGAUCGGAGAUGAUGUGGAGUUUGAGGUGUCGUCUGAUAGACGCACUGGCAAACCAAUUGCGGUGAAGCUGGUAAAAAUCAAGGCAGAAAUGUUGCCAGAAGAACGAAUUUCUGGGCAGGUAGUGUCAGCUAUCCCUUCUCACUUGGAUGGGAAAUCUGCACCGGGCCAAGUGCCCACAGGCAGUGUGUGUUAUGAGAGGAAUGGGGAAGUGUUUUAUUUGACCUACACCCCUGAGGAUGUUGAAGGAAAUGUUACUUUAGAUACUGGAGAUAAAGUCAGUUUUUAUAUGGAGACCAACAAGCAUACUGGUGCUGUUAGUGCUCACAACAUUGUAUUGGUAAAGAAGAAACAGUCAAGAUGUCAGGGAGUUGUUUGUGCUACCAAGGAGGCCUUUGGAUUCAUUGAAAGAGGGGAUGUUGUGAAGGAGAUCUUCUUCCACUACAGUGAGUUUAAAGGAGAUCUGGAGGCUCUACAAGCUGGAGAUGAUGUGGAAUUCACCAUUAAAGAAAGAAAUGGCAAGGAAGUGGCCACAGAUGUGAGACUGUUGCCUCAGGGCACUGUUAUAUUUGAGGACAUCAGUAUUGAGACCUUCGAGGGUACUGUCACCAAGGUUAUUCCCAAGGUCCCCACCAAGAAUCAGAACGACCCGCUGCCUGGGCGAAUCAGUGCCAGAAUUAAUUUCACUGACAAAGAGCUGCUAUUCGGGGAGAAGGACACCAAGUCCAAAGUGACGCUGCUGGAGGGCGACCAUGUCCAGUUCAAUAUAUCCACCGACCGUCGGGACAAACUGGAGAGAGCGACAAAUAUCGACAUCCUCCCUGACACCUUUCAUUUCACAAAGGAGACCCGCGAAAUGGGUGUGAUAGCUGCCAUGCGGGAUGGUUUUGGCUUCAUUAAAUGUGUGGACCGUGAUGCCCGAAUGUUCUUCCAUUUCAGCGAGGUUCUGGAAGAGAGCCAACUGCACAUUUCUGAUGAAGUGGAAUUCACUGUUGUCCCUGACAUGCUGUCAGCCCAAAGGAACCAUGCCGUGAGGAUCAAAAAGCUGCCCAAGGGCACAGUGUCGUUCCACACUCAAUCUGAGCUGCGUUUUAUGGGGGUGGUAGAGAAAGAAGCCAUGCCUGCUACCACCAACAAGAACUCCAGUCCCAGCAAGGCCAAAGAAAAGGAUGCAGAGGAAGGAUUGAUUGCGUAUGAAGACAGUGGUGUGAAGAACACUCUUCCCUACUAUAUUAAAGACCUGGAGGGAGGUGCUUACCCACAGCUUGGAGACAAGGUGGAGUUCUCCAUCAGUGAGGUGAAACGCACUGGACAGCAAAGUGCUGUGUCCCUCAAGAUCCUUAAUCGUGCUGUUGGCACCAAGAGGCUUCUGGGAUACAUAGCAACACUGAAAGAUAACUUUGGCUUCAUAGAAACAGCCAAUCAUGAUCAGGAGAUCUUCUUCCACUACAGUGAGGUAUGUGGGGAUGUGGAUAACAUGGACCUGGGGGAUACAGUGGAGUACACUCUGUCCAAGGGCAAAGGAAAUAAAAUCAGUGCUGAGAAGGUCACCAAAGUUGCAGCUGUGAAUGGAGUAGGAGAAGAUGUGAGUACUACAGUGUUCCUGGGGAAAGUUGUUCGGCCCUUGCGCAGUGUGGACCCCUCUCAGACUGAUUAUCAAGGCCUUAUUGAGAUCACAGAGGAAGGAGCCAAUAAGGGUCAGAGUUAUCCAUUUGGCAUCGUUGGUAUGGCUAAUAAAGGUGACUGCCUGCAAAAGGGUGAGAUGGUGAAGUUUCAGUUGUGUACAGUGGCCCAGACAGGACAAAAGAUGGCCUGCAACAUUGUGCCUCAGCGUAGAGCCCUGGUGGAGUGCGUCAAAGAUCAGUUUGGUUUCAUUACAUACGAAGUUGGUGAGAGCAAGAAGCUGUUUUUCCAUGUUAAGGAGGUGCAGGAUGGUCUGGAGCUCCAGGCUGGUGAUGAAGUGGAGUUUUCAGUCAUCCUGAACCAACGCACAGGCAAAUGCAGUGCCUGCAAUGUUCGCAGAGUCAGUGAGGGUCCAAAACAAGUAGCUACACCUCGACCUGACAGACUGGUCAAUCGCUUGAAGAGCAUCACUCUUGAUGACACCAAUGCCCCCCGUCUUGUCAUUAUCAGACAGCCUCGUGGCCCAGACAAUUCAAAGGGCUUCAAUGUUGAGAGGAAAUCCCGCCAGCCUGGCGUUACUGACUGAGUACUGUUCGCCCCUCUCUUCCGCCUCCUCACCACUAUGGAAGAAACAUCUUGAAGAAAAGCAAUCAGACAGAGGACAGAGGAAGGGAUUUGUGUGUCUAUCUCGCUCGCUCUCAUUUUAUCCCUCUCACCCAUAAACACAAUUCACAGAGUAACAAACACAUCAAGACUUGAAAAUUAGCACACACAAGUCCCUUCCUUUGUCACAGGAUCCCUUGCAAAAAAAAAAAUCUCAUCUCAUUGUCUUCAUUGUAUGUGUGACAUUUUUGUGUGGUUGUAAUUCGAGCAGAACCCCUCGUGUUGUAUGAGUGUGUGCGUGUGGUAUGCAUCACAUGUUUGGGAAAAGUUAACUUGUAAGGUUAUGCAGAGGAAAUGAGGGGAAAUAAGGGGUUUGUAGUUUUCACAUCUUCAGAUGGAGAUGUGGGAACUGUUCGGCCCAUUUUUUUCGUUUCUGCUGAAAUCGAAAUGCCAGGAAUUCUGCACCUGCUGCUGUGUGAGUGAAUUAUUGUUUUAGAGUAGCUUUGCCUGUCUGUAUUUUGACCUCCGUUAUAUAUACUUUAUUCUUCCUGUAUCACUUGAAUUCCCAUGUUGAGUUUCUCACCCAGGUGAAGUCGAGGUAUUGCUGGGCUCUUUCUGCUGAGAAAUAAAAUAUGACUAAGGUUCUUUUCACUCACCUUUUCCAUACCAAUUCCAUAGGUUUUAACAUGGAUCUGAAAACUUAAUAAAUUUUCUCUGCGCUCGGAACCUGCUUGUGUAUGGUUUUUGAUGUGUAAAUUACUAUUUUUGAUUAUUUUCAAAUUAAAGGAGCCUUUUUUAAUUCCUGUCCUGAUUUCACAAGCUCAAUUUGUUUAUGGGCAAGUGCAGAAUUCCUAAUGGCAUCUUGUAGCCUGCGGUCCUUUUUAUAUAGCUCUCUUUCUUUGCACAUGUACUUUUCUUUUUUUUCCUUUGAGUUCUAUUUAAUGUCUGCUAAUGAAUAAAUUAAUAAAGGAAAAAGGUGCCUAAAAACAAACAAAACAUAAAAAUUCAAAGAAAAAAAAAAUUGGUGUCUCUAUCCUCAAACAGCCACCAAAAUAUAAGAGCAAGUGUAGGGUGGCUUUUUUUUUUGUUUGUUU